CAUUAUUGUGACAUAUGUGGGUAGAUUUAGUAAUCAGGCGCCGACUGAAUGUGGGUAGGCUUAAUUCUUCGUUCUCGAAUACAUUCUAUGUUGAACGGACGUGUUUCCUUGGUGCCUCCUCAUCAGCCCUUACCCUGGCCAGAAGGCAUAUUUAACAGUGGCGACGGGACUGUGAUCUACGUGUCGAACUUUUUAGUGUUGUGGUUUAGUUAAUCGUGUUAAUAAACAGUUACAAUGGCAGUCGGAAAGAUAGCCCCGUUCGAUAUGAACAAAGAUUGUUGGGACUUAUACGUGGAGCGUUUAGAACAGUAUUUUAUAGCGAAUUCAGUGAGUGACACGGUUAAAGUGGCUACUUUAAUUACUGUGAUAGGCAGUGACGCGUAUGAACUUAUGGUUAAUUUGUGUACGCCGGCGCGCCCGGCAACAAAGACUUUUGAUCAGUUGAAGGCCAUUAUGAAAUCGCACUUGCAACCUAAACCGAGUGUAUUAGCAGAAAGGUUCAAAUUUCGACAACGACGUCAAGCGAGUGAUGAGAGCAUAGCUGAGUAUGUCGCAGCCUUGAAGAAAAUGUCAAUGACUUGCAAUUUUGGCGCGGACUCAUUGCAAGAAAAUUUAAGGGACCAAUUUGUUUGCGGUCUAUCGAAGGAUGUUAUACGACAGCGGCUAUUCGCAGAGGAGGAAAUCACGUUCGAGAAAGCUUUUAAAUUAGCCGUAACGAUAGAUUCGGCCGAGACGGAAUCGGCGGUUAUGGAGAAGCGAGUAGACAACCAUGGAGGAAGUACGGGUGUCUACCAGGUGGCAUCGAGCCGGGGGCGGGGGAGCUACGGUCACGGAGAAGCCGCCGGGGGACGGAAGGUCACGGGGGCUACGCGAGGUUGGGCGGGCGCCGGGCGCGGCGCGAGCGGCCGGGGCGGACGGCGCGGGCCGGGCGUCGCGGGCGCCGGCCGCGAGCGCGGCGCGCACGGCGGCGCAGCUGGCUGCAAGGUGUGCGGCGGCAGUCAUGACUCCAACACGUGCAAGUUUAAGGCUUACGUGUGUCGGGUGUGCAACCGAGAUGGACAUCUGAAGAGGAUGUGCCCGAGACUACGCGAGGAACAGCUGUUCGCGUUGUAUGACGGAGACGCGGAUGGGUUUAAAGAAGUUUUUGAAGACGGUUUGGGGCGGUUCACGGGCGGCAAGGUCGGGUUCGCGCUGCGCGAGGGGGCGCGGCCGGUGUUCCUGCGCGCGCGCCCGCUGCCGUACGCGCUGCGCGAGCCGGUGGAGCGUGCGCUGGAUCAGCUAGUGCGCGACGGCAUCAUCACGCCCGUGCCCACCUCGGACUGGGCCACUCCCGUCGUACCGAUGACUAGGGUGUCGGCCAUGUUGCGCAGCAAGAGGGCAUGGAAGGAAGUCGAGGCCUUUUGCGAAACCGUGAUUUCCCAAAAGGAAGCAGCGGAGCGGUUGCGAGAAGAUAGGGCAGAUGCGCCACCGCUCCGGCGUAGGCGGAGAGGGAGGGUCUCCUCCCUAGAGCCAGUGGAUUGGGGGCCCACACGGAACGGCUCUGCACAUCUGAGAGGGGAGCCAAGCGUCCUGGUGCUCUUCCUCAUCGGCGCGGGUGUCCAACACAGGUCGGUCGGGCUGCCGAGGGGCGUCGCGGAUAGAAUGCCGCAAGCGAUCCCAUGA